UUUACUCCAUUAACUUUAUAUUAUGUGCCCAACGUUAAGCAUUGACGAUUGCCAUGUUUUAUCAAAACAUCAAGUUUUUCAAUGCGUGUAUUGGAUAUAGCCUAGAUCUUUUAGUGCUUUUCAAACAGGGUAGCAAGCAGACACGUUUAAGUGUAGUAAUUGAAAUUUCAUAAUAUAAUCGACAACUGCCUAAGCUAUGAAUUCAUCGGGUUCAUUGAGCAAUGUCAUGGACAGCACAGGGCACACAAUGGGACAACAUUUUGACACAGGAAUAUUGGAUUUAAGAGAAAAUAGUGAAAAAGAGCCGGAAACUGAUGCUUUACUUUAUGAUUUAGGAUUGUCAGAAUCAAAAAAUGACUUGAAAAGAAUACAGUUACAAUUAAUUGAGAAUGCAUCCGAUGUAGAUGUCGAGCCGGAAUUUAGUGAUCUUGACACUGGAUGGGCAUGGAUGGUUUUGCUUGCAACCUUCCUAGGUUUCGCUCUUCUCGGGGGAUCCAUGUAUUCCGUGGGAAUUAUACAUAACGCCCUUUUGGAACGAUUUCAGUCUAGCGUCGCUCUCACGGCUUGGGUUGGCGCAUUACACACGGGUAUUCUUUCACUUGGAGGUCUCCUAUCAACUGCGGUGGUUGAUCGAUUUAGUUGCAGAACUGCCAUUGUUUGCUCGGGACUUAUUUACACCGUUGGCUAUAUGGCGACAGCGUUUGUGCCAUGUAUAGAGGCUGCAAUAUUCACCUGUGGUAUUAUAGUCGGCAUUGGGGGUGCUGUUGGUUACACCGCGGUUAUGGUUGUGGUUGGAUUCAACUUUAAACGACGCCGGAACCUUGCUCUUGGUAUCGCUUUGUCCGGUGUUGGGGUCGGACUCUGUGCAUUUGCUCCUAUUAUGCAGUUCGCAAAGGAUUUUUAUGGCUUUACAGGAUUGUUCAUCUGCUGUGCGGGAAUGCAAUUAAAUCUUGUCACAUUUGGAAUGCUUUGUUUUCCUAGUGAAUUGGAGAAGCAUUCACACACAUUGAGGCAAAAACAGUCACAACGUUCAGCACAACACUCAAUUGCCAUAAAAAGAAAAAUAGUACCUUAUCUUAAGGUAAUGCUCAAUAAAGGAAUAGUAUGUCUAUGCCUUAGUAUGUUCUUUUAUUGCACGGGAACAUACCUGCUAUUUUUGCACUUGCCAAAAUAUAUAACAACAAAGGGGUUUUCCGAAAAUCAGGCAGCUUCUUUAAUGUCUUUAUCGGGAAUAUUAACAGUUGUAGGUCGUCUUCUGACAGGUGCAGUGGCUAACAUCCCAAAUUUUAAUGAGGUUAUACCUUAUGCCGGCUCAAUGGCAAUAGUUUCCAUAGCAACACUGGUAUAUCCAUUUGUUUCUCAGCACUAUUUAGGCCACCUAAUGUUUAUAGCUUUUAUGGGUAUAUUCCUUGGCUGUUGCUACGUGGUAACUACAACCAUGUCACUGAAGUUUGUUGGCAUCGACUACAUUUCAACCGCCAUUGGUCUGCAGUUCAUGUUUGGAGGAGUUGGGGCGAUCAUUGGACCAGUUAUUGCAGGAAUAAUUGUCGAUUCCGGUGGAACAUAUGACCAGUCGAUGCUUGUUGCAGGAAUAUGCAUUUUCAUCUCUGCAGUCAGCGGCGGUUUUUCGAGUUGCUUUGUUGCCAAACAAAUGGAUAUACAUACCAUAUCUGUUGAAAGACCUGGCGAAGAAAAUACAACUUUGAAGGAAACCAAUUUUAACGGAUGCACAAGCAGUAUAAAAACGAACAUACAAUUAACUGGGUGAGGCUGUGCGCUCUUACACCUGAGUAAGCCCCAAGUGAAUUCUUACUUAUUUUAUUUUUACUGACCGUUACAAAGCGGUUACCAAAAGAUUUACCAAUGAGUAUAUUUGAUAGCUGUGUAAUGUUUGUUAUCUUCUAACGUUGUGUCACUUGUUUGUAAGGUAUGGAUCCGUGCACAUUCAAGCAUAGUUUAGAUUGAUUUCGGAUAUUGGGCUUGUCCUUUUGGUGUCCGUUAUCUCAUAUAUUUAGAUGAACAUAUUAAUGGUGUGUAGGUCAUUGUUUUUCUCUAUGAACUUUAUAAUCUAUUCACAACGCUGCAACGUAUCGCAAAGUAUACAUCAACAGUGGACGUUUACGAUUUUUUGUUUUUGUUCAUUUACAGUUUCAAAAAACUAUGCUUGUUGGUUUUAUUUUGUUGAAUCAAACAACGGGAAUUUAGUGGGAAAUAUGACUAUUAAAUAACAAAAUGACACACUCAAUGUUCUACUGUGUUAACUAUAUACGGAUCGGCUCAAAGAUUUGUAGAUCUGACCACCAUUUUAAAUCUUGUAUACUUUAAGUAUAAAAUGCAAUAUCAAAUAUAAUGAAGGAUGGAAAAAAACCCAUUGACAUUAUACGUUUUAUAACUCUUAUUUAUCACGUUUCCUUACCAUUUAAUUACUUGUUUGAUAAUAAUUUUCUUUAUCGAUUGAUAGGGCCCUUUACGUACCAUGGCACACAGAUGCGUUCUUCAGAUAACCUAAAUAUUUACAAAUUUUUACACAAGUUUAAAAAGGUACGGCGUUUGUUAAUAGAACUUCUGUCAUACAUGAUGGUGGUUAAUAAAAAAGUUUCACUAAUCUGUAAGUCUGAAUAAUUUUUAUAAAGGACGUAUAUCAAAUUACCCAAAAUGCCAGUGCACGGAAGUGUUGACAAGCUUUAAUGAAACCGGGCCAAGUUAUUACAAUGCGUGUGUGGUCUGUGUGUGUGUGUGGUGCUUGUACGUUUUGUAUUUCUGUCUCAGUGUAUAUUGGGCCCUAUGCGUGUGCUUCUAAGCAGAAUGUUUACUUAAAUGUCGACUAAUAGCUCUUGUCAAAGGUUGAAUGUAUCGUGUGGUUCUAAAUGAAUCAUUUUUGUAUAUCGAGUAUAAG